UCGGUCGAAGCUGGUCAGCAGGGUAGCAAUGAUGGUACAAGCUCUGGCGUUGCUAUAGCCUUUGGUGUCUUGUUUGGUAUUGCCACAAUAGUGGCUAUAAUUCUUGCUGUUAUUGCAAGGAGAUUGUGGAAGAAAUACAAGUCAGUGGGUGGAGCAAAGGCUAGCACUUAUAUACAAGAUGUGAAACCAAGUUCAUUAUUUGACGAGAUUGACCGAGACAAAAUUACUCCAUCAAGAGCACCUUUAGGCCAUCAGCGCCAUGUGACAGAUAUGGGACGUGCUGACUCCUCAUUGGCACCACUUGCCCAUCUAAAACAUGUGACUGAUACAGUGGGCAAGAUGAGCUCUAAUUCCCCAGCCCCACUUACCACCAGAAAUAUUGAACUUCAAAGACCACCUAUGAUGAUUGGUCGUCGUUCUCCUACCAUGUACCCGUCAAUGUCUGCCACGCCUUCAUCAUUACGAUCAAUCAGUCUAGGAUCAUUUCUACCAGAACAGAUUGGUUCUCCAAGAGACACAUCAUCGCCAGCAUCAAAUGUUCUAGAUAUACCAAAAAUCCAGAUCGAAGACUCAAAACCAAAAACAGUAGCAAAGAAAGCAAGGAAUCAGGAUACAGAACCGAAAUCCGGAAAAUUGUCACCAUUCAUGCCAAUUAAGGAGACACCUGUAUAUCGUGAAGGUAGUCCAUUACCUCAGCAGAUUCUUACACCAAGAAAUGCUGAUGAUAUUACCAGAGAGCUUAAACAGGCAAAAAAUAGUGCAGAAGAUAAACCGAGAAGAAAGCGUGAAAAGAAACCAAAAGGUGAUCUCAUUGAUAAAGAUAAAAACUUAUUGAAAAUAUAUAGCGGGAAGGAUACAAGUUCUCCGACACCAGGAAUAUCUUCCCCGCAGUAUCAGAAGCUAGCGGGUUAUGAACAAGAUAAUGAAAUUUCUGACAUUGAAGUUUGAUGGGUUAAUUAUGCUUGUCAUAUAUUUAAGUGUACAUCAGUGUGUUUAAGGGAUAAACUUUUCUAGUUGUAUGUCUACUUCUUUGCGACAGAAAAAGAUGAAAGAUAAAUAAUUGUCAAUGUUUCACUGAUCUUUUUUUCAGCUUUUAAGAGCAUUCAGUGAAUAAAUUAUUUUUGUAUUAAUAUUACAUGUACGUGU